AUGGUGUGCAACGGGGCUGUGCUUUGUUCCAUGUUUGGGCCAGGUUUGGCAGGCAGCACCGACUUGCGGACAACCAACAGUAACAUACCGCCAGGCUUCUUCAAGCCACACAAGAGCCUUGUCUCGGCGAAGGCAGGCCCAGAGCUUGGCAGCCGCACGCUCCUCUCUGUCGCCAUCAUCAGCGCAGGUCAGCACCAUCCUCAGGCAGAGAGCCUCCUGGGGGCCCUGGAAGGGACCCCGAAGCAGCCGCAUCGACACCCGCACGCCAACGGCACAGUGACCAGCUUCCAGCGGUACCACGAGGCCCUGAAUACACCCUUUGAGCUGAGCCUGUCCCAGGAACCUGGGGACCAGGGCUUACGGCGAGUGGUCAUUGACGGCAGCAGCGUGGCCAUGGUUCGGCCCGCCCAGAGGGGUGUGCAGCAGGAGGCCGCCCCUCACGCCCAGCUCCCACACAGGCACGGCCUCCAGCACUACUUCUCCUGCCGUGGCAUAGCCAUGGCCGUGCAGUAUUUCUGGAACCGGGGACACCGGGAGGUGACUGUGUUUGUGCCCACCUGGCAGCUGAGGAAAAACCGGAAAGUGAGAGAGAGCCACUUUCUGUCGAAGCUGCAUGCCCUCAGGAUGCUUUCAAUCACCCCUUCCCAGAUCGAGAACGGCAAGAAGAUCACCACCUACGAUUACAGAUUCAUGAUCAAGCUGGCCGAGGAGACAGACGGCAUCAUCGUCACCAACGAGCAGCUCCACGUGCUGAUGACGAAUUCCAAGAAACUUCUGGUUAAAAAUCGGCUGCUGCCCUUCACCUUUGCUGGGAAUCUCUUCAUGGUACCCGAUGACCCCUUGGGCCGUGACGGCCCCACCUUGGAAGAGUUUCUGAAGAAGCCAAGCAGGCUGGACGCCGACAUCGGCAACUUCCUGAAGGUAUGGAAGACUCUUCCUCCCAGCUCCACCAGCGUGGCUGAGUUGGGAGAUGAGGAGGACGACAACCCCGCGCCUGUGGAGAGCCCGCCGCCGCAGCAGCAGCAGCAGCAGCAGCAGGUAGAAGGAGGCACAGUGGAGCAUGAGGUGCAGGAAGAGGAGCAGAGAGAGGCACAGGGGACUCAGGCGUGGGCCGAGGACCAAGAGAUUGACGUUACCUUGGCGUCAGUGUUUGGAGUUGAGUGCCCCUCCCUGACAGAGGAGAUCCUUCGGUGCCUCAGCCUGCAGGAUCCUCCGGGAGGGGCCCUGGACAUCGAUCUCCUGCCGGGGGUGGCGUCUCCCUACCUGGGCACCCCCUGGGAUGGGAAGGCCCCCUGCCAGGAGGUUCUGGCCCACCUGGCCCAGCUGACGGUUCCCAGCAACUUCACCUCACUCUCCUUCUUUGUGGGGUUCAUGGACUCUCACCGGGAGGCCAUUCCUGACUACGAAGGCCUGGUGGGCCCCCUGCGCAGCCUCCUCCAGCAGAAGCCAGACUGGCAGUGGGGGCAGGGGCACGAGAAGGCCUUCCUGGCCCUGAAGCGCGCGCUGGUGUCCGCCCUGUGCCUCGCAGCCCCCGACCCCCAGCUGCCUUUCCGCCUGGAGGUGAUGGUGAGCCAGGUGGCGCUGACGGCCAUCCUCUCUCAGGAGCACUCGGGGAGGAAGCAGCCCGUCACCUAUACCUCGAAACCCCUGCUCCCGGACGAGGACAGUGAGGGCCCCCAGGUGGGGGGAGACAGCCCCUACGCGGUGGCCUGGACCCUCAAGCACUUCUCCCGCUACAUCGGGGAUGUCCCCGUGGUCCUGGACCUUUCCUACGCCUCCCGGACCACUGUGGACCCCGAGGCCGGCCAGGGCCACCGGGCUUCCAAAGCCUGGCUGGUCCGCUGGUCCCUGCUGGUGCAGGACAAGGGGAAGAGGAGUCUGGAGCUGAUGCUGCUCCAGGGCCUGCUGGGGGAGAACCGCCUGCUGACGGCCCCGGCUGACGUGCCGCGCGUUUUCCAGGCGCUGCCUCCUUCCUCUGACCUGUCCACCUUCGUCUGCAUCCACGUGUCCGGCUCCUGCUUUUACCGGGAGGACGAGUGGUGCGCUGGCUUUGGCCUGUACGUGCUGUCACCCACCAGGGCCCCCGUCGCCCUCUCUUUCUCCUGCUCCCUUCACACCGCCACCCAUGCCCACCUGGCAGCCGUGGCCUGUGGCUUGGAGCGCUUUGGCCAGUCCAGCUUCCCGGUGGUCUUCCUGACCCACUGCCACUGGCUCUUCAGCCUCCUCUGGGAGCUCCUGCCCCUCUGGCGGGCUCGGGGGUUCCUCUCCUCCGACGGGGCUCCCCUCCCUCACCCAGACCUGCUCGCCUACAUCAUGUCCCUCACCUCCAGCCUCCCGGCCCUCCCGUUUCUCUACCGAACCUCCUACCGGGGCUCCCUUUUUGCCGUGACCGUGGACACGCUGGCCCAGCGGGGUGCUCAGGGGGGCGGGCAGCCGUGGCGGUGGCCAGAGGAUGUGCCAGCCCCUGCGGUGUCUCCCCACAGCAGGGGCAAGAGGCCCAACCUGCUGGCCCUGCAGCUGGGCGACAACACCCUGGCAGACAUCAUGGCCAAGCUGCAGGCCGGGCAGAAACUACCCAACUCCUCCCCCUUCGCCUCUGCCUCCCACUCCCUGAGCCUGGACAAGGAGAGUGGGCUGCUUCUGUUCAAGGGGGACAAGAGGUCCAGGGUCUGGGUGGUGCCGAGGCAGCUCCGGAGGGACCUGAUCUUCUCCGUGCAUGACCUUCCCAUGGGGGCUCACCAGAGCCCAGAGGAGACCCUCAGAAAGUUGCGACUGCUGGGGUGGUGGCCCGGGAUGCAGGAGCACGUGAGAGAGUACUGCAGGAGCUGUUUGUUCUGCGGCCCCAAGAGCCUGCUCGGCCAUGAGUUGAAGGCCAUUGAGUCCCCGUGGCCCAUCAGGUCAACUGCCCCCUGGUCAAACCUGCAGAUUGAGGUGGUGGGCCCCAUCACCGUCAGCGAGGAGGGUCACAAGCACGUGCUGAUUGUGGCCGACCCCAAUACCAGGUGGGUGGAGGCGUUCCCUCUGAAGCCCUACACGCACAUGGCGGUGGCCCAGGUGCUGCUGCAGCAUGUGUUUGCCAGGUGGGGGGUCCCCAUUAAGCUGGAGGCCACCCAGGGCUCCCAGUUUGCCCGGCAUGUCCUCAUGAGCUGCGGCCUGGCCCUGGGGGCCCAGGCAACCUUCCUGAACAAGACCCUCCAGUUCCCAUGCCUGACAAGCUCUGCGGUCUACUGGGAAUUCAAGAGGGCCCUGAAGGAGUUCAUUUUCCUGCACGGAAAGAAGUGGGCGGCCUCCCUCCCCUUGCUGCACCUGGCCUUCAGGGCCUCGUCCACAGAGGCCACGCCUUUCCAGAUCCUGACCGGGGAGGAGGCGAAGCUGACUGAGCCCCUGUGGUGGGAGAUGAGCAGCGCCAACAUCGAGGGCCUCAAGAUGGACAUCUUCCUGGGCCAGCUGUGGGGGGAGCUGCUGGAGCGGCACUGGAGGAUGGCCGAGAAGGCGUCCGAGAAGGCGGAAAACAGGCGCUUUAAGAAAGAGAUCCGGGAGAAGGAGUGGAGCGUGGGGGACCAGGUCCUCUUGCUGUCCCUCCCCAGGAAUGGCACUAGUGCCAAGUGGGUGGGCCCCUUCUAUAUUGGGGACCGGCUGGGCUUGUCUUUCUACAGGGUGUGGGGCUUCCCCACCCCAGAGAAGCUGGGCUGCAUCUAUCCCAGCAGUCUGAUGAAGCCCUUUGCCAAGAGUGGCCUUGCUCUGCCCAUCCAGACAUUGGACCAGUGAGCUGGGGUGUGGCGUGGUGGGGCCCCCUCUGCCCCAGGGCUCCUGGGUGUCUGCUGCUAGGUCCCCCUCAACCCCCACAUUGUUCUCACACUUGUGCCUUUCGUAGAGAAAUUGCUUCAUAAAAGCUUUGCUGCUUUGAACCAGGGACCUGUGUCCACAAGGACCCCCGCCCGCAGUUUGAGGUCUUUAGAGUAUCAGCCGAAGGCUGUCCGAUGCGGGCUCUUGAUGGUUUUAGCCUGAAAUCCCCUUGUAGAGCUAGGUCUAGGUUAGUCCCGUUCCCCCACAUGCAAUUGCACUGUGUACACGCAUGCAUUCACGUUUUGUCUCCAGGCCGUCUUUGCCAGGCCACAGUGUGGCCUUGUGCAGUCCCCAGAAACGGAAUGACAUUUUUCUCCUAAACAAACCCUGAAUACGGACUCCUCCCUCCCUCCCUCCUGGUCCCUGGGGACCUUUUGCCCUUGGCACUGUACAGCUGACUGAUUGGGCAGGCGGUCUCCUUGGCUUCCUGGGUGCCUUCUCAGGGCAGGCCAGGCCCUCCCAGCUGUCAAAGAAGGGCAGUGGCUUUGAGCAAGGGUGGGAGGAGUGGCCCCUCAUGUCAUCCUGGCCAGGAGAAAGGGAGCCCGGGCCCAGCCUACCUCAUCUUACUUCACCGUGGAGAUGCCACCAUGGUGUCCGCUCCGCACGGAUCAAGGAUCUUGAUGCCAAUUGUGGCAUCUUCACCAGAAGAGCUGCUUCAACUGGUUAAGGGGCCAGGGCUCUGAUUGGGGGAGGAGAGGAGCUCAGAAACGAAUGGACUGGCACACACUGGCAUGCGGCGUGACUCUACCUCCCUGUCCCUCCCUAUCCCAAUGCGAACAAAGCCCCCGGUCCUCUGCUCCACCUGCCUCGCUGACCCCUGGAUCCCCAGACCCUUCACUGUGCGUGCUCGAUUUUUCAGACCACCCUUGUCCUCUGGCCCUGCCCUUCCACUCAGCCAAGCCGGCGCUAACCUCGGUCUCUCUUGGCUCAGGCCACUCUGGCGUCGAGAGAGAAUUUCACACGCGCGGUGUGGGUGCCACCUGCAUGGUGUGCACACAGUCACUGCUCUGAGUUGCUGCUACUGCUGCUGACGGGUGGACUCCAGGUGAAGGCCAGCGCCCACUCCCCUUGGCCGGGUCUCUCAGGAGUCCUAGGUCUCCGGAAGUCCCUCAUGUCCGUCCUCGGCCCCCCACUUAGAGGGCCAUGCUUGGGGGUGCAGAGUGCUGGAGCUGUAGCCGAACCUGCCAGCAAGGUCUCCUGGCUCACUGGAUAGCCGAGAAGAGGGUCAGUGAUUUGCCCAAAGUCAUGCAACUAGUUCAAGACCGGGCUAGGACCAGGAUUAAGCUCCCCAACUUGCAGGUCACCACAAACAGCAUUCUAGUGCUAGAGAAUUCCUCAAGAGCCUGUCCCCACUCUGCCUCCGGCUCUCAGAUCUUUCAGACAGGCUCCCAAGGUGCUGCCCUCAAACCAUUCUGACUCUUGUCCUUGCUGGCCACAAGCUUGGAAGGUGAGCUUGGAGCAUGGUAACCUCUGGUUUUCCUUCCUCUUCCUCCCUCCUCUUUCUGCGAAAGGUGCUGUCCGCUCACCCUCCUUCCCCAGUGCUGUAUUCAGCCCCCGUUAAGCACAGUUAGGAUCUCAUACCCUCUUUUAAGUGACUUUUUUUCUUCCUUUUUUUAUUUGAUUUGUCAAUAAACAGAUCAACCUGGAA